AUGAUAUUAAAUAAUAGAUCAGAAUUUAUAUCUUCUGGUAUGUAUCUAAUAUUAAAUAAUAGAUCAGAAUUUAUAUCUUCUGGUAUGUAUCUAACAUUAAAUAAUAGAUCAGAAUUUAUAUCUUCUGGUAUUAAUCUAAUAUUAAAUAAUAGAUCAGAAUUUAUAUCUUCUGGUGUGUAUCUUAUACAGAUAUAA